AUGACAAGGUUCUUAUUAUCAACACUCUAUCGCACCCAGCAUUGUUUCCGACUCACUGGAGAUGUCACAAAGGAACAAGCUCUCAGUCAUGGGCAUCCUCGAAAGCUUCUUGCUGCAAAUAUAGCAUACCUUCUCUCUCUAGCCUGGCACAAUCCUUCGAAGUUCCUUGAUGAAUAUCAAGAACGUCUUCAACACUAUCACAACAUCACUGUCUGUCUUACUACCAUCAACCACGCAUUUGAAGAUGCUUGCUAUAGUGUCAAAAAAAUCACAAAGAUGGUGAAGGAAAAGUGUUCCUACAAAUGUGCUAGCUUCAUACGAUGCAUUGCCAAGUACCCAGCUUCAUAUCUUGUGGCAAUGGAUGAGGUAUUGAAGGAUGACCACACAUAUUCUCAGAUGCGAGCCUGUUAA